CAACAGCAGCAACAAAAUGGUUGCCUAGAUGAAGUGGAAGAAUGUGUUCGAGCGAGAUGAACACGUUUUUGCCUUCAGUAUCUCGCCUUUAUAUUGUAUGUAUCCUGGAUAACAAAGAAUUGUCUAGCUUUUAUAUUUAAUUUAGGUCAAUGCUCUUUAAAGCCGGGGAUGUUUUGAACAUCAAUUUUACAGAUCAGCGCAUGAGGUAAACAUGACAAGGCUAUACAAACAGAAGUCUUUUAACUUUUCUUAUUUCUUGUCCUAUUUGGUUAUAAAUCUGCUUUGCUUAUACCAAGGAGAAAGUGUCAAAAGCGUUGAUGAUUUGAAGCUUUCCAAUGUAAAGGCAAAUGGCUGGACAGACAAAAUCUUGGACUCACUUGAAAAGGCUGUAGAAUUUUACUCAUCAAACAUCGAAAAAGUUAAUCUUGACUCUGUCUUUGGACUCCGUGUUGGUCAAGGCGGUCUUAAUAAAGCAAUAACUGAGUCAAAACUGGACAAAAGAAAUGUAUUAUUCAACCGUCUUGUUGAUAUUCACUCAAGUAUUGUUAGAAUAGCUGAGAGAGGAUUCCUCAAGCUUGAAUCAAUGGACUCAUCCUAUUUUCACAAAUUUAAGCAUUUGAUAGAUGGAAAAUGGUUUUCUAUAAUGCCCUACCACUCAGUUGAUUUAUCUCUGGUUCAUAAAGUAACUUUACAUGAUGACGACAGUUUUGAUGAAUCAGCAAGUGAUAAAUGUAUGACUGGGUUGAUUGGUAGUCAGUCAGACGGAGUCAAAGAGCCUUGUCAGGUCUCUGAUGAAUGCUGGGAUCUGAUGACCAAGAAAGGUGCUGACAGUUACUAUCUGACUCACCAGGGACUGUUUCUUUUACUUGCAGAAAACAGAGGUUGUCGUGCUAGAGUGUUGCAGAAGUUUGGUAAUGAUGAGGAAUGGCAGCACCAGAGCAGGUACCUGGGGGCAAACAUUUACCACCAAUUGAUAAAAACAUUUCAAGAAAAGAAAACUGCUGAUAAUGAAAUUGGAAAAGAUUUAUUUGCAGAACAAGUAAUUGUUUGUCAGAUGCUUGGAGUGGUACAGUGUUUUGAUACAAAGUUUCUUAGUGUGAUAUUGGAACUACAAGAUCCAUCAGGUUGUUGGAAGCAAAAAAAUCAAGAGGAGGAUAAUGAUGCAAGAGAGGUUACUGGAAUUCCAAUUAAAAUAGAAGAAGAAGAUACCAAAAUAGUCAGGUUCCACAACAGAAGACUUAAAGAAGAGUUGGUGCUGCAAGAUGGCUGCUCGGCUCAUUUCACUGGAGUGGCGACAGGCUGCCUUGGAAUGUACGCUUACUGGUUUGCGAGCCAUCCAGAUAGCCUGAAGGGAGCCGAGGACCCAAGCAACAAAAAGGACUUAUCUGAUGUUCUGCAUUUUUCCCAGACGAGAGUGAAGGGUACCGACGAAACUGAAAACAUUUUUGUUGUUUUUCGUUGUAUUGUUGUAUUUGUGGUCGUUGCCUUUGGUUUUUAUUACCUUAGAAGAUUUAGAAGAAGAGUAGGGCCUAUAUUCCGAAAGUACAAAGGUCUCAACAGUGUGUGAAAUUCAAACGUGACGGUUUGCAAAUUUAUUCCUAAUAAUUUUUGUGGAAAAAUGAAAUUUAUGAUAAUAUGAUAAUUUAUCGUUUCUGUUGAUUAAACAUCAGAUUAGCUGAUUAAACAUAAUUUACGGAUCACACUCUGCUCUGGCGAAAAUUUUAUUUUAAGGCUGAAGUCAAUGUAGUGCAAGAUCAGGCCACAACCGUCGACAAAUUGUUGAAAUCGUCACAAUUUGACCACCAUUUUCUCGUAGUCCCUUUUGUGUUUUAAAAUGCUUCUUAUGUUUUCAAAGAAACCAGUCGAACAAAUAAAUCAACAAAGGAAAUAUAAAACCCUUAUUUUUUAAUAAGGGCUCUACAAUUUUGGCUGGGGCUGGAUUGAACUGAUAUAUUUCUAAUACACGUAAACUGGAGUAAAACGUCGAAAACCAUCUGGAAAAGCUCCCUCUUGCAACCUGGAUAGAACAAAAAUUGUUUCAGACAGUGGUGGCGCCAGGGGAGGGCUAGGGGGGCUACGGCCCCUCCGUCGGAGCAAAUUUGACAAAAUAACGUACGAAAACUGCUUAUUUUAGUCAUUUUAGCCCCCCUGUCGGAAGCUCCAACCCCUCUGUCGGAAGAUUUCUGGCGCCACCUCUGGUUUCAGAAACGCAGAUAGUUGCUUCAGCGACUACAGUUACCGCUCUUGUUUUGAAAAAUUGUCUUGACAGAAAUAUCUGGAGCAUUUGAAAACAAUAGAAAUAUCGAUAAUUGUCUUUGCUUACAGCUGAAAAGAAACCUGCUCAGCAAGUUUUUGUUGGAAAUAUUUCCUAGCAUGAAAAAUUGAAUGUAAGACCCCGAAUGUUAAAACUAAUUACAUCAUAGUAUUGGAAUUCCCGAAGCGUUAAGAAAUUGGAGUACUCAACGUCGAUAUUUGUUUCUUAUAAAAAAUGAGUGUAUCCCGUUUAGUUGUUGUAACACUAUUGCCUAAGUUUUUUCUAGUUUCAAUGGAUUUUCAGCCACCCGUAAUUUGAAUUUAUAUUAGUCAGUGAACUUCACCAAGUGAAUCUUAAUAUACCAAAUAAAUUGGCCAUUAUGUA